AUGUCUACAAUUAGAUGGGUAGAUCUGCUAUCCAGCGAGUCAAACCUCUCCCACUCAGUCACGGCCAACGAAGAUGUUGCCGAGAAGGCCAAGAAGAAAAAAUUCCCCUACAAUCAGGAGAAGGACCUAAACAGUAGUUUCUUAAAUUCAUACAACGCAGACCUGGACAACAGCAAUGUGGGGAUAAAUUUGAAAAUAAAAAAUAUGUCCAUUGGGGAGAAAAAGGAGAAGGCACCUCUGGGUGAUGAUAAAACGAGUGAGCAAAUGACCAACUGGCGAAAUGACAACGGAAGGGAAAGGAACCUCCCCAGUGCAGCUCCAAACGGGGAGAUAAUCCACACAGAAGAGGGACAGUCAGGGAAGAACACGGAAGGAUUGCCCCCCAAGGAUUCACAAAGUGUGCAUAGUAAUGGAGACGAACAAACAGGUGUACUAGGAAGUGUGUUGGUGGAGGAUGUCACAAAGGAGAAAAACUGUGUGAGUGAGAAAUUGGUGAGUCCGUCCCAUGGGGAGCUAAACCAGGAAGAGAAGUCAAUCCCAAAGGUGGAUUCCCCCAACGAAGCAUCUAACAGCAAUACCAUCCCUGAAAAGGGGAAUAAAAAAGGGGAGCAUUACCCCAAUGAAGAGAACAAACCAACGGAGGGAAGCAGCAAAAAGGAACUUCUCAAAAGAGUCAGCGUGCAGAGUGAAAGUACUCCAUCCCCAAUGGAAGGUGCAAAGAAGGUAAGUGAGAAAAGACCAAGUGCAGGGAAGAAGAAGAAAAACUCAUCUAACAUAUCUGCACUGAACAAAGGAAAUAGGAACAACAAAAUAAAAAAUGUUUCUGUGGAUAAAGAGUCGAUAAAGAAUUCCUAUUUCGCUCGAUACAUUGUGAAAAAAGGGGGUGACAAUGUGAAGAGUGUGGAAGGGGGAAGUGUCCUGGGGGAAGUGUCUAAAGGGACGCCCCAUAAGGGGAAGAAGAGGAAAGACAGAGCCUUGCUCUGCGAGAACAGCACGGCUUCUAAGUUCAACUGCACACUAUCGCACGAUGUGACCGUAGAUGACAACAACGUACCGCUCAACCCGGCCAAGAAGGUGAAGAGCAGGGUGAAGGAGAAGGCAGCCCCUACAAAGGAUUCAACCAACGGAGCAGUAAAUGUGAAGGCAAAGGAUGGCACAAAUGUAGUACCCGUUCCGCCCGGGGAAAAAAAAAUGGUAACGAAAGGCACCAUUGCAGAUUUCCCCCAAAUGGCCAAGCAAGACAACAGCCAUUUAGGAAUAAUGGAAAAUAUGCCUACGCCCCCCAAAAGUCAUCUACCCACCGUAAGUCACUACAACCACCUGAGCAGCGAUAAUAUCGACAUGGAAAAGUUUAAAAACUUCGACGCGAACUUUAUUAACUACUUGGGAGACAUACAGAGCCACUUCAGUGACCCGUUCGUGAACUCCAAUAGCAAUCGGGUGAACAGCCGACUUAAGGAAAUUGCCGUGGGGAAAUCCACAAAGGAGUACAAGAAUUAUGUGAAGCUGGUGAAGUAUGAGGAGAGGAUGGAUGACGACCCCAGCACGCCCAACGCUUAUGAGAACGUUACGAAUGCAAAGUUCCAGGCCAAGUACAACCUCUGGAGGAAGAAGCUGCACAAGUUUGACUCCAUCGGGUAG